AUGCAGAAGAUGGAUUGGAAGGUUUUGGAAGCGAAGGUGAAGAGCUGGCUGAAAGCUGUGAAGCCGGCGGUCCAGACGCUCUUCUAUGUUGAAAGGAUGCUCUGCGACCGGGUCUUCACCAUUGCGCCCCCCUCGGUCGGGGAGUCCGUCUUCUCCCACGUUGCGCGGGACGCCGCAGUUGCGCUGUUUGGGUUCGCAGAAGGGGCGGCGAAGGCUAUCAAGAGGUCUCCCGAGAGAAUCUUUUGCCUGCUCGACCUCUACGAGGCCAUUGCCAACCUCUGGCCGGGCAUCAAGGCCACCUUCUCCUACGACGCAACAUCCGCCGUCAGAUCACAUGCGAUCAAUUCACUUAUCAAGCUUGGCGAGGCGGUCCGCGUGACGCUCAGCAACUUUGAGGCGGUCAUCCAGAAGGACUCCUCCAAGAAAUCAGCAAUCCGCAGUGGCGACAUCGACCCGCUCACGGUCAACGUCAUGAACUACCUCGCCUUGCUCGCGGACUAUGGCGGUGUCCUCAAAGACAUACUCGUCAACUGGCCCGUUGAUGGCAGCCCCAAGCACCCGGGGUUCCCAGACUCCUACUUUCCCAGCUGUGACCCUGCCACCUCCAUCACUGCCGGAGAUAGCGAUGCGUCGGCGAAGUUCGCACGGUUUGCACAGCUCGUUGACGUCCUACUGUGUAAGCUCGACGUGAAGGCCAAGCGGUACAAGGACGUGGCUCUCUAUUACCUCUUCCUCGCCAACAACCUCCAGUACGUCGUCAACAAAGUGGCUCAGUCCAGCCUGAAGCACCUCCUCGGCGAGCACUGGGUGGCGAACCACGAGACCAUGGUGAAGCUCUACGCUAGCAACUACGAGCGGAAGGGAUGGAGCAAGGUCUUCGCUUCCUCACCCGGUCCGAGUGUUGAGAUUUCUUUGGGCCAGGCGAAGGAAUCGCUGAGGAGGUUCGACGCGGCCCUGGAGGAGGUUCAGGCCAAGCAGGCGAGAUGGGCCGUGACCGACCAGAAGCUGAGGGACGACAUCGCGCUGUCACUGGCGGAGGAGCUCGUGCCUGCUUAUCAGCGACUCUACGACGGCUGUCCGAGGGGAGAUCCGGUGGUCAAAUUCACUCCUGAUGAUUUGGAUAAUUACUUGGCUGGCAUGUUGCGCGCCACUGGCGGUGGCUCCGCGACCGUGUCCGAGGCGGCAUCGCGGUCAUCCAGCCGCUGGAAUGGAAAGAGCAUUCCAUGA